AUGUGUUAUUUCUACCAAACGCGCUGGGUUUGCGGAUAUUGGAGAUGGGGUCAGUUCAAACAACAAUGCAACAAGGAGUACCGGACAGGCGAAACGUGCGGCUUGAAGUUGGUAUUCGACACGAUCCAGGAGGCGGACAAGUGCAAGCUGUGCUACGACAUUGACAAGAAAACCCGCCGGGUCGACAAGAUGCAGAGGGACAUUGAGCGCUGGUACCGCGAGGGAAACCGCAAGGCGACCAUCGAACGGACAAGUAUCGAGAUGCAAGAAGUCCAGCGCCAGAUCCACGAGAUGCAAACAUCGCAUUGGACCAGACAAAAUACGAUAUGA